AUGCCCUGGACGCCCCGAGGCGGCAAGGCCCUGUCUCGCGCCGCGAGCGGCCGCGUGCCGGGCCCGAGGACGACGAACUCGUGCGUCAAAGGCAUUAUGCUCCUCAUCAUCUUCGUCAUUAUGCUCAUGGUCGCGUCCUUCGAGCACUCGCUGGCGGCGGCGGCGCACAAGAUCGGGCUCGACAAGGACGUCGAAUUCGCGGCGCAUCUCGCGCAGCCGGUCGUCGAGCGCGCCGAGGCCUUCGUGGAGCAGGUCGAGACCGCGGCGGCGCGCGACGUCGCCUACGCACGUUCCCAUCUGGCGCAGCCGGUCCUCGAGCACGCGGGCGCCUUCUUGGAGGCUCCUGUCGAAGAACUCGGCCGCGACUACCAGCUCGUUGCCGACGCGCUGCGGGUGUUGGCGCGGCCGGGCGCGGAACCGGACGCCCUGGAGGCGAAGGCGGCCGAGCUUGCCGACCUCGAGGCCGAGCGGGCCGUGCGCGCGGCGCAGGCCGAACUCAAGGCGGCGGCGGCGGCGAAGGCCGAGGCCGAGGCAGAGCGCUACGAAGCUGAACGGGCCAAACGCAUCGCCGACGCGGAGAAGCGCAUCGCAGCCAAGCGGGAGGCUCAGGAAGCGGCGGCGGCCGAGCGCCUCGCCGCGGAGAGGGCGCGGGCCGAACGCGCCGCGGAGGAGAAGCGCGUCGCCACCAAGCGGAAGAAGCAGGAGGCCGACCUCGCUCGCGCGAAGGCAGAGAUAGAGAGUGUCGCGGCCGAGGCCCAGGCGCGCGCCGACGCCGACCGCAAAGCGGCCGUCCUAUUUCGCGACACAGUUUUGUAUGCUAUCGUGACACCAAGUAUAGUGCGAGCAAAGGUAAAUACGGGAAAUGAUCGUCAAAAACUGGUGCAAGCAUCAUUAAAAGCGUGGCCCGCAUUGCGAAGAUUUAACGCUUCUUAUCAAUUAGAUAGUUCGUGUGUGUCGAUCCUGCAACAAAGACACAUAACAAUAAGCACUAAAUAUUACUCAGAAGAACGAGGUGUGGGUUGGAUCCACGCCGGCAAAGUCGGACACUGGUGUAGCUUUUUACGAUAUCUAGUCUAUUGUAACACAUCUGAUGCCGUCGUCUGUGUGUGGAUUGAUGGCCGUCGCGAAGGCCCCGGAGGCAUCUACAAAAUUCGCCGCGCCGGCCGCGAGACCGGCACCGCCAGCGAAGCCUGUAGCUACCCCCGAGGAGGCCGCGGCCUGGGCGGCACGCAUCCCGAAGCAGGUGCGACCGCCGCCGCCGGGCGAGGCGUUGCCGCAGGAAGGGGUCGACACGCAGCCCGCGAAACCUGUCGCCGCGCAACCGUAG